UAACUCUUAAACCCUAACGUCUAAACUGGCGCUGCUGCAUCACUCUGCUCGUUCACCACCACAUUUCCAUUCCAAUGGCCAAUUCGAACCUUCUCCGAUGGCGACCCACUCUUCACCCCAUCUUUCCCAACCCUCUCCUUCGUUUCUCCACCUCUACUGCGGAACCUCUCUCCGAACCCGACCCUCCCCCUCUCCAACCUCAACCUCAACCUCAACCUCAACCGCAACCCCAACCCCAACCCCAAUCCCAACCCCGAACCCUUCCCCCUCAACGCACUCCCGAGAAACUUGAAACCCUUAUUUGCAGGAUGAUGGCCAACCGGGCCUGGACCACGCGCUUACAAAACUCGAUCCGUUCCAUCGUUCCCCUCUUCGACCCUUCCCUCGUCUACAACGUUCUCCACGCUGCCAAAACUCCCGAGCACGCGCUUCACUUCUACCGGUGGGUCGAGCGAGCUGGUUUGUUCUCCCACAACCCCGACACCACUCUCAAGAUCAUUCAAAUCCUCGGCCGUUACUCCAAACUCAACCACGCGCGCUGCAUUCUCCUCGACGCGCCCAGCAAGGGCGUCCCCUUCCACGAGGACAUGUUCGUCUCCCUCAUCGACAGUUAUGGCAAAGCCGGGAUCGUUCAGGAAGCCGUUAAGAUCUUCCAGAAGAUGAAGGAGUUAGGGGUAGAACGCACUGUUAAAUCUUAUGAUGCUUUGUUUAAGGUGAUUCUGCGACGGGGACGAUACAUGAUGGCGAAGAGGUAUUACAAUUCAAUGUUGAGAGACGGUGUUGAGCCUACGCGUCAUACCUUUAAUGUUCUUCUUUGGGGUAUGUUUUUGUCCUUGAGAUUGGACACUGCUAUUAGGUUUUAUGAAGAUAUGAAGAGUAGGGAUAUUUUGCCUGAUGUUGUUACUUAUAAUACUUUGAUUAAUGGGUAUUAUCGGUUUAAGAAGGUGGAGGAGGCUGAGAACUUGUUUGUCGAGAUGAAGGGGAGGAAUAUUGCACCCAAUGUGAUUAGUUAUACCACAAUGUUGAAAGGCUAUGUUGCCGCAGGAAAAAUUGACGGUGCACUUAAUAUUUUUGAGGAGAUGAAGUCUUGUGGUAUCAAGCCGAAUGCGUUUACGUUUACUACCCUGUUGCCUGGCCUGUGUGAUGCUGAUAAGAUGGCGGAGGCGCGGGAUGUUUUUGGGGAGAUGGUGGAGAGAUAUGUUGCUCCCAAGGAUAAUGCCAUCUUCAUGAGACUGCUGGCUUGCCAAUGUAAGGCUGGUAAAUUGGAUGCAGCGGCAGAUGUGCUGAAAGGGAUGAUACGUUUGAGUAUUCCCACAGAGGCUGGUCACUAUGGUGCCUUGAUUGAGGGUUUUUGCAAGGCUAAUGUGUAUGACAGAGCGGAGAAAUUGUUGGACAAGUUGAUUGAGAAGGAGAUUGUCUCGAGGCCCCAGAAUUCUUUUGAAAUGGAACCUAGUGCUUAUAAUCUGAUGAUUCAGUAUCUGUGUGAUCAUGGGCGGACGGUUAAGGCAGAGACAUUUUUCCGCCAGUUGAUGAAAAAGGGUGUACAGGAUACCGUUGCUUUUAAUAAUCUGAUCCGUGGGCAUGCAAAAGAAGGAAACCCUGACUCUGCUUUUGAGAUUAUAAAGAUCAUGGGCAGGAGAGGGGUUCCUAGAGAUGCAGAUUCCUACAGAUUGCUUAUUGAGAGUUGCCUCAGAAAAGGAGAGCCGGCUGAUGCUAAAACAGCUUUGGAUAGCAUGCUUGAAAGUGGGCAUCUACCAGAAUCAUCCCUUUAUAGGUCAGUUAUUGAGAGUUUGUUUGAUGAUGGCAGGGUCCAAACUGCAAGCAGAGUAAUGAAAAGUAUGGUGGAAAAGGGGGUGAAGGAGAAUAUGGACUUGGUUUCUAAGAUAUUGGAGGCCCUUCUCAUGAGAGGUCAUGUUGAAGAAGCUUUGGGCCGAAUUGAUUUGCUUAUGCUUAAUGGGUGUGAGCCUGAUUUUGACCACCUUUUAUCUGUUCUAUGUGAGAAAGAAAAGACAAUUGCCGCUCUCAAACUAUUAGAUUUUGUUCUUGAGAGAGACUGUAUCAUUAACAUUUCAAUCUAUGAUAAGGUUUUAGAUGCUCUCUUAGCAGCAGGGAAAACCCUCAAUGCUCAUUCCAUUUUAUGUAAGAUUCUGGAGAAAAGAGGAUCCACUGAUUGGAGCAAACAUGAUGAGCUGAUCAAGAGUCUUAAUCAGGAGGGGAACACAAAGCAAGCAGAUGUUUUGUCAAGGAUGAUUAAGGGAAAAGAGGGAGGUCCCGUAAAGAGGGAAGGAAAGAAAAAAGCUACUGGAGCUACAUAAUUUGUUCUCACUUCAUUUUCUUUUUUGUUUUAGAGGUAGGAUCUUGAUUUUGAAUACCUUGGACCUCUCACCUUGAUGGAAGCUGUUGUAUGCCAUCUCAACCAUGAAACUUUUAUGGUUUUUGGGAAUCUUUGGAGGAAUCGCAUCUGCAUCGAAUUGGUUUUUGGGCAUCUCAUUGUUGUCUUUAUUUCUCCAACACAAACUGUUGGAGUAGCAUACACGCUGCGAGGAGGGUAUUUGGAAUCACUGCUAUUGCAGCUUCAGUCUUCUCUGUUUUUCAUUCCUGAAAUUAAGGGGUUCUCUAACAGAGUAAAUGGUUGAUGUCAGAACACGGAAAUCAAAACCUGUUUGAGAGUGAGGUAGAUGCCAACGUGAUUUAGAUUCUACUCAUCAUCAUCAUCAUAAUCUCUAAGCACAGUGACUUUUGCGAGAUCUUAUCAACCUUUUUUCAUUGGCUGUAGGGUUGGACCUAGCUAUCACUUGGCACUCCAUUUCCAUGUUGGUAGGACGACCUGUAGUUUCUGUAUUUGUGAUUGGAGGUUUAAAGCUACCCAACAGUUGUUCUUGUUUCAAGACUUAUGUGGAAAACAUAACCAUGGAUGGGCAACAAAAAAGUUUAAGAUAUCAUCCAUAUGGAAGGUAAAUCUGGUAAUGCUUGAAGUACAUCACCAUGCCUCACUUCUCUCCCAUUAGAGGUGACAGGAUUAGAUGUAGAUCUACCAAAAUGUUAGGCGAGACUAGAUACAAUCAACUGGUGAAAUUAUGCAGAUAUAGUAAAUGAUAGUGUUGUGUGUCAAUAACAUUAUUACAUUCAUAGAAGAAUGUGUUAAGCGGUUGCUAUUGUAUGUCUUGUAUACUGGGAUUUUAGUACUGCUUUGGGACCAACCAUAUACUUCCCAAAAGAUGCCUACCUGACCUUUCUGCAACUUGAAUCGAAUGUGUUCCACAGUCCACACAAUUUGUUUACCGAACUAAAUGUUUGAACCAUGUUAAAAUGGAUAUUAGCAUUUUUUAUCAAUGUCUCUAAUAAGAAUCUUAGAAGAACUACACCACAAAAACUAGUCAUUUAGCCAUGCAGGCUAGUUGUGCACUAGUCCUGGGUGAAUACUACAAAGUCAGUGUCACAACCAAUUGAGAGACACGGUGAAAAGCUAUGAUGUAAAUUGAUAAGAACUUUUGGAGUAUCACGCCACAAAGUCUUGGCUGGAGAGUCUCAGUCUCGACCUUGCAAUUAGAUCCAAUCAAGUUCAUAUUUUUAGGCUACAAGGUCUCCACACUAGAAGGGAACUAUCAAUCCUGUACUGACAUUCACUGGUCAGGAAAAGUCAGUUAAUCAUACUUGAAAAAAGAAAUGCGUUAGAAGCUUCUGUUGGCUAACUCACUGUCAUUUGUCAUGGCGUGAUACCUAAAUUCAAAAAUAGUUUGUGAAAAGGACUGAUUAGCGACUUGAUUAUAUUAUAGUAUUAUUGCUAAUUCAACAUAAAUGUUUCAUGAAUAAUUUUGCAGCUAAGAGCCGACCAAUAGAAUAACAGCAUACAGCAAUUUCCAGUAUUUGCGUUUUCUCUAUAUUCUGUUAAUAAAGUGAACCAGAAGAAAUACUUCCCAUGGACAUCAUGGAGUGACCUUUUGGCAUUUAUUUGUAUAAAGAUUUCUGAAAGCAGCAGUCUCAAUGUCCAGAUCCCUGUAAAUGAACACUUCGACAACCCACGUAUAGUGCGGGAAAGAUAGCCAACCUUUUAUGAAAUUCGACAUUUUAUUAUGAAAAAAAAUAAAAAAGAUAUUUGACAUUAUCAGAGAUAUCA